AUGACAGGACAGAUUAUCGAUGUAAUGGUCUUCAAUCACACAGAAAUAGAUUGGGAACUGUUUGAACUAUGGCUAGAUGGUCCUGUGGAAGCAAUGUGCAUCAAUAAAAUCAAGGCUGGAUAUUCAGAGGAUCUGAGUAAUGAGAUUGUGCAGGCUGAGUUACACAAUAAUUUUAGAUUAUUUGAUAUGCUUGAACCAAUGUUACAUCAACCAUCAAUAUUCUCGGAACAACUAGUUUGUCAGAUUGAUUCAUCUACCCGAGCUGAGCUGAUCAGUAGAUAUUAUCAACUAGAUGAAUCUGUUGCAAGGUUCGAGACGUUGAAAAAGAAGUUAGCUCCAGUUACGUUUCUCCAGUUUAGAACAGUCACAGAGGCCCUUAUACAGUCCUGGACUACAGGGGUUGAUGUAGACGAUUCAGGAGAUCCGGUUCUUGACAGGUUGUUAAACGACAUGGAAUCCUUGUUUAAACCUUUAAACCGAAGUAUUCUUGGUCUUGGUUCUCAAUUAUAUCACAAUAAGGAAAUCAAAGACAUAUUUAUUAACAGCUGGGAGAAACUUGUGGAACCAUUAAAACAACAGAGAUUCUCACUUGAGGAGGUCAACCAGAUUUUGGAUUGUUACGAAGAAAUCCUAAAGAACGGAAGAUUUGUUCUUGAAUCAGAUCUAGGAACCAUUUACCUCAGAUACUUCAGCUGUCUCAAGAUUAUCAUUUCAACAUUUUACUCAGCCAUCAAGUGA